GGUUUGUUUCUCCCCUGAGUGUUAAUGGAAAAUGUAAGGAAGAGACAGAGAAGUGCGAGGAACUUCUGAAUCACAGCUUCGCAGUUCUAUGCCACCGUCCGAGGCAGGCAGCCACAGCAUGAUGCAGGAGGACCCUGUGUAUGAUUUCCCGGAGCCGGCAGGAGAGUCGGUGGGGAGGAGACGGUCGUGUCCUCAGCGUGGCUCCCUGAAGAACAUCAGUGUACUGGACCGCCUCCUGCUCACACAUUCUGUUUGGCUGCAGCUGUCCAUCAACUCUGCUACCGCUCUGCACAUCCUGCAUCGGGAGCCGCCUGGGACCUUCCUGGUGCGCAAGUCCAACACGUUGCAGAAGAAAGUGUUGUGUGUCCGGCUUACGGAUGACAGCAUCCCCUCAUUUGUCAAACAGUUUUCUAUCCGCGAAGUGGACUCGACCUUCUGUUUGGAGAGAGCAGCUCUCAGUUUUCCUGACCUCUGCCGGCUCAUUGCCUUCUACUGCGUUAGUCGGGAUGUGUUGCCCUUCCCCCUACAGCUCCCAGAGGCCAUCGUCAAGGCUUCAUCCCACAAACAGCUGGAGUCCAUCUCUCACAUGGGCGUGGAGUUUUGGAGUUCCCCGCUAAACUUCAGAGGUCCACGCAAUGAGCCCCCACCAGCAGAGGCGCUGCCGAACUCAACCGCCGGGGACUGUGCCACAACCCAGGAGAGCCCCACCCUCUUCCAGGAGUUCUGCCCCAUCCAGACGCGCAGCCCCAGGGAGUUGAACUGCGGGGCGGCAGGCCAAGGUGCACUCUGUUUCAUCAACCCACUCUUCCUGCAGUCGGAGCCCAAACUGCACAGACGGCAGCAGUUCAAACACAGCAUCAAGGUGCGUGUCUCCACUGAGAACUCCAGUCCCUUGUCUCCGCCAGUCGCCCCUCCCCCCCCCCCCACCCCUGAUGGCCAAGAGGAAGGGAAGAAGACCCAGGAGGCUGGUGAAGCAGUGGAGGCCAGUGGGACGUGGGCCGCCCAGGAGGCCUCAGACUACUCGCAGCCAAGCCUGGUUCUUCCAAACCUUCCGAAGAAGACCAGGGGCGCCCCCACGCUGUCUCCCACUUUAGAGGAUGACUACCAUGUGCCCGUAGGUCUCCUGCCAAGACUAGACCAGGAGAAAGGACGUGAGAAGGAGGGAGUCAGUGAGGAGGAGGUGGGUCUCCUGCCAGGACAUGAUCAGGAGAAAGGAGCUGUGGAGGGAGUGACUGAGGAGGAGGUGGGUCUCCUGUCGGGAAUAGACAAGGAGAAAAGAGCUGAGGAGGAGGGGUUGAGUGAGGAGAAGGCAGAUCUCUUGCCUGGGCUAACCCUGGAAAGAGAAAGUGAGAAGGAUGUGUGUGAGGAGGAGGUGGGUCUCCUGCUAGAGCAGAAAUGCGCUCCCUCCCUUAGUGAGCUGGAUAGCAGCAGCUCCCUCAGCAGCCUGGAGGAGGCCGAGGAGACCUCUGAACGACCCCCCCUCACCAGAGGCGCCAGUAAUCCCUCAAUCCUGGGCACCUCACGCCCUCGCCAGCCCAUCUCCGCCCUGCGCCAACUGAGUGCUGCUUUCGUGUCCUUCUUUGUGCCAGAGAAGCGUGUGGCGAGGCUGGUUGAGGACCUGUCCCGCGACAGGAGGACUGCGUUUGGUGCCCUGGUUCAGGACUUCCUCAGUCAGCAGCGGGAGGCCAUCAAGACACAGUGCCUGAGGUCUGCCGUGGAGCUACUGCAGGGCAUCCGCCUCUUUCUCUCCCAGGCAAAGGCCUUCCUGCUGGACUGUGGGGAACUUGAGCCUCCCAUUGAGACCAUGGUUCCAGAUGAUGAGAAAGACCUGGCACUGGAAAAAGCCAUGUUCCGCUGUGUGCUGAAACCUCUGAAGGGACAGAUAGACCGGACAUUGAAAGAGCUGCACGAGCGCGACGGCUCCAGCCAGAAUAUGGCAGAGUGCCUGUCUGUGGCUCGAGGAAGGACCCCAUUGGACUGUUUUGGCGUGCGGGUGGGAGUACCGGACGGUGCCGGUGUAGAGAAGGUCCGGCGGAAGUUAGUUCUCAUGAGUCGGGCCUACUCUCCCAUUGAUAAGGUCAUGCUUCUUCUGCAGGUUUGCAAGCUCAUCUAUAAAGCCAUGACCGAAAAUUCAGGCCAGGAGUUUGGUGCAGAUGACUUCCUUCCAGCCCUGUCCUAUGUCCUGGUACAGUGCAACAUGCCAGAGGUAAUGAUAGAGGUGGAGUACAUGAUGGAGCUGCUGGAGUCUUCAUAUCUGACAGGGGAGGGUGGAUACUACCUGACCAGUGUAUACGCCAGUCUGUACCUGAUCCAGAGCAAGUCUGAAGCUGUACCCUCUGGCGGCCUGACCCAGGAGGCAAGAGACUCCCUGAAAGACUGGAGCUGGCGACGGAGCCACCAGGCUCAGAACCAGAAAAACCAUCGACAGCACCUGAAGUGUGUCAGGGUUCUGUUUAAAGAUGGAGAACAAAGCUGGAUGAAAACCCUACAGUGGAAGGCAGGAGAUAAUGUGGAAACCCUGACCGAGCUCUGUGCUGUUAAGUUUGGGGUAGACAACCCACAACUACACAAACUGUAUUGGCGGAAUGAGGGGAAGCUUCAAGCCUGCCUUCCCCAGGCCCAGAUCCAGGACGUACUGGGUCAGGGCAGCAGUCGAACACCACUCAUAUAUCAGCAUGCCAACCAGGAGGGAUUCAAGACUUAUAAACUAACUAGAGAUGAGGCUGUGGACCUUGUGGAAUAAUUGAGUGGUCCACAUUUGUAUCCACACAUUAUGGACAAGUUCUUUAACCCCAGCCUUGCUAGGAUGACUUGUCAUUUUUUUAAUGCGUAACUGACAUUUCAGUAAUAAGACAUUGUGUGUUGCAAUUUACAAGUGGACAUUCUUUUCCAGUGUGCAACAUUUUAGUAUUCAUCUCUUUAAAGAAGUCCCCUUCAAUAAUUCAUUAGAAUAAAAAAAAUAAACACAAUUUGGAAUCAAAUGUAUUUAUUGUAACCAAGAGAGAUUGUACAGUCCUGUGGAUCCUCUUACAAUGCCUUGCCUUAAAUUAUAAUCACAACAGUGGCUUUUAUUUCCCUGUUCACUAGAGACAAUGACCUUAUCCUAUGAUGUGUAUUUAUGGAAGGAGUUCUUCAAUAAGAACUUUGUCAACAUUUUGCAGACAAAGUGUCAACAUUAAAGAUUAAUUGGUGA